AAACAUUGUAAACUCAAACCAAGAUAAUAAUAUAGUUCAUCAUUUUAUUAUAUUUUCAGUUGUUAUUAUUUUCGUGAUAAUUGAUAAUAAAUGUCACGCUAUUGAUUUAACCCAAGUUUAUGUGUAUAACCUUUGAAAAUUAAAAAAAAUUAAGGAUUCCCACCGGCUCUCGAUCAUUAAAAUCGAUUUUCUCCGUUUCUUCGUUUUAGCACCAUUUCAACAAUUCACUAGUGUGUUUUGCAUUUAUCGUGUACAUUCAGAAUAUAACAGAGAUGGGUGAUAAUAAUUCUAGCCCUACUACUACAAAAGUUGAUCGGCUUAAAAGUUUCCAUCCUGACUGCGACGAAUUAAAACAAAAGUAUGAUCAAUGUUUUAAUGUAUGGUUUACUGAACAUUAUAUGAAUGGACAUUAUAACAACGAAGGAUGCAAUAAAGUGUUUGAGUUGUAUACAGACUGUGUGAAACGUGGUAUGAAAGAAUACGGACUGCAAUACGAACAAACAACUACUUUACAUUUGGGAACAAACAAAGAAAAAACUGCAUUCACGGAUACAGAAAAGCCAAAAUAGAAUAAUGAAUAACGAGAAAAAGAUAGCAAUGAACAAUCUAGCGGAAAAAAAGGAUUUGCAUGCACUGAAUAACUCAUUAGAUAUAGAAUUGGAAAAGCUGAAAAUGAAAAAAAAAGAAAAAGAU